AUGAUAUUUCUUUAUUAAAUAUAAAUGAGAAUUUGAUUUUUAACAAUACACAAUGGCGAAAAAGGAUUCAUGCAGUCGACCGCACGUAGUGGGACAAAGGCUUGAUGUUAUUGUUGUUGUUGCUUAUACAUUAUUUAAGAGAAGAGAUGAGUAUCUUAUAACUUAUAAGAAUGGAUAUAGUAAAAUUCAGAAUGAUUAUUUUCGUAUAAGAAAAAUAGAUCAUUUAAAUUACAAAGAUUGUAAAGUUAUUUUGAGUGAAAGUUUAUGUACCCAACAUCACUUAUUAGUUUUGAAUUUUAAGAUGAAGGGGCAUAGGAUAAAAAAUAAAUUAAAUCGUUGUUCUAGAAUUAGAUUGUGGCAUUUAAAGAAUAUUAAAAAAUAUAUAUUUGAGAGUAAGAUUCUAAAUUUUAAGAUUUUGUUUGUAUAUGAGGAAGCUAAUUAUAUGUCGGAAAAAGUAGCUAGUGAUAUUAAGAAUGCUGUAAAAGAUGUGCUUGAAGUAUCAAAAGAAAAAGUUACUAAUAGUAAAAAUAGUUUCUGGUGGAAUCAAAAUGUACAAAAAAAGAUAAAAAAUAAGAUUUGUUAUAACAAUUAGUUUAGCCGUAAAAACUCUGAUAACUGGGAAAGAUAUAGGGGCUGUUUGGUUGCCUGAAUUAGGAGUGUAAAGUAAAACAAUUACAUGUAUUUAUUAAAUUUGGUUAUUUGGUUAAUUUUGAGCGGAGUAAAAGAAAAGUCUCGGAUGCAUUAGGCGUGUAUUACAGAGCUUGUUUUGAGCGAAUUAGAAACUCGCUCAUAUUGAGCGGGUUAUAAAUUCGCUCGAUUCGCGUCCUUGCUGUUCGGCUUCAUUGCUUCGCAGGAGGUGUAAGAUUGCACGAGAGGCUUCUUCGGCUCCUUCCUUCUUGUUCGACUUCGCUUUUUCGACGUGACGGGAGCUCGCAAGUUCGCAUCAUUGCUGUUCGGCUUCAUUGCUUCGCAGGUGGUGUAAGAUUGCACGAGAGGCUUCUUUGGCUCCUUCGUUCUUGUUCGACUUCGCUCCUUCGACGUCAUGCUCUUGGCAAUCCGAGCGAUCAUUUAUUUGUGCGAUGUAAUGCCGAGGGCGGCUGAUGCCAUUGUACGGCACGGAGCCUUGUCUGUUCUACAUGGCCGGCUGCUCUUGAUCGAGUACUUGGACGUGGCUGAGCAAUCCUUGCAAGCAUUAGAGAAUUUAUCUCGGAAGCAACCGGUGCCCUGUUUACAAACAGGGACGAUAAUGGCCAUCUUGGGUUUCAUGGACUUUUUCUCCACAAGCGUCCAGGGGCAUUUGUUCAGGGACAUGGGACUUGAUCUGCUUCAUAGAGCAUCUAUGCAUUGCUAGUCUUGUGAGACUGUUUAUUGUAUCUGUGCUCACCUAUAUAAUUCUGCUCUUCUUUUACCUCUUGUUCAAAGUUGGCAUCAUUCAAUGCAUUGGGAGAAGUUUUUGCAAAAUGACCUGGGCUGCUUGUGAGGCAUACUGGACAGCAUUGGAGGAUAUCAGCUGCUUCUUCUGGCAUAAACUGAAGGACACUAAACGUGUCUAUCGACGAAGGUUCGAGGACAUGGAAGAGGAGUUCAGCACGACUGAUACUGACCCUUCAGAGGAUUAUGAGAGCAUUAGAGUCACGAAUAGGCGAAAGUCGGUUCGGGACAAACGGAAAGAUCGACUGAGACAAUCUUUGUAUCCAAAGAGCCACAGUUCAUUGAAAAGGAGACAGAGAAGUGGCCUUCGCCACCAUGUGAGGUUGAAGACAAGUGAGGUUUCAGUCCAUGUUGAAGGCUCACGGAGGAUAAAGAAGGCAGGGCAGAUCCAAUUGAGACACAGAGAGCAGCAUAUUGGACCGAAAUUGUUCAACAGGCGAAGAAGAUGAUGCUUAAAAUAAGUUUUUUUUUUCUUAUCUAGUUAAUUAUGCUAAAAUUCAGACAAUUCUACAGUUCAUAGUGAAAUGCAUUGAAUUUCAAUGAACCCAGGGAUUAUUUGAAUUCAAAACUGAAUAGUAGUACUUUUGUUUUA